AUGGGCAGACAACAGACCCUCGGCAAAUUCUUCGCCAUGCCCUCCAGCUCCAAAGCCGGGCCUCCUCAGCAGUCUAAGCUCGAGGAGAUGUGGGGCGGCAAGAAGCGGAAGGCAGCAGCAGUGGAAGUCAAGGAGGAGUCCUUAGCACUCGACGAAGGGGGCCAGAAACCAGCUCCACCCGUGAAGACGGAUCCCUCGCCUGAAACGGCUGUUGAGGAGGAUCAAGCGCCACAGGUUAAGAAACGCCGCAUAGUCGAUUCCGACGACGAAGGCGAUGUCUCAAAGGAGGAACCAGAUGAUGAGGAGCAAGAAGCAUCAUCUGCAGCAGAGGAGGAGGCUGUGGAUGAAGAUGAGGGCGAAGAUGAGCUGGAAGAGGAAGACGCGGGUGCUGCCUCGAAAAACGCGAAAGGGGACACCAAGUCUCUGCUUCAAGCCGUCUAUCUCUGCAUUAAUCGUUUGACCCCGGAUUAUGUCGGCGUUGAACUUGGGAUCGGUGAGAGCCUACUCAUCAAGGCUAUUGGGGAGUCGACGGGCAGGAGUCUUUCUGUCAUCAAGUCAGAGCUCAAGAAAGAGGGUGAUCUGGGUCUCGUGGCAAUGAACUCGAAGAACAGCCAGAAGACGCUCUUCAAGCCGAAGCCUCUCACAGUGCCCUUCGUGUUCAACAACCUGAAAGAGAUUGCGAUGAGCAGCGGCCAUUCAUCGCAAAACAAGAAAGUCUCCAUCAUCACGAAGCUCCUCGCCGCGUGUCAAGACCAAGAGGCAAAGUACAUCGUCCGCAGCCUCGAGGGCAAGCUCCGGAUAGGCAACGCAGAGCGCACCGUGCUCGUCGCGCUCGCGCAUGCCUUCGUGCUUGCCGAGCAAGAGCGAGCGAACAAGCGGCCCAACAAGGAGAAGCUCGCCGCGCGGCUCGAGGAGGCCGCGAACGUCGUCAAGUCCGUCUACAGCGAGCUGCCGACGUACGACCUCGUCGUCCCCGCGCUGCUCGAGGCGGGCAUCGACCGCCUCUGUGCGCGGUGCAAGCUCACGCCCGGCGUGCCGCUCAAGCCCAUGCUCGCGAAGCCGACGAAGGCCAUCGGCGAGGUCCUCGACCGGUUCGAGGCCAAGCGGUUCACGUGCGAGUACAAGUAUGAUGGUGAGCGCGCUCAGGUGCACCGGCUGGAGGAUGGCACCGUCGGCGUCUUCAGUCGGAAUUCUGAGGAUAUGAGCAAGAAGUACCCUGAUCUUGUUGAGCAGCUACCACACUGUAUCAAAGAGAGCACGAAGACAUUUGUGUUUGACGCGGAGGCGGUCGCGAUCGACAAGGACAGCGGGAAGCUGAUGCCCUUCCAGGAGCUUAGCAGGCGGAAACGGAAGGAUGUCAAGGUGGAAGACAUCCAGGUCCGGGUCUGUCUCUUCGCGUUCGAUCUCCUCUACCUUAACGGCGAACCUCUCCUCCACAAACCCCUCGUGGAGCGGAGACAGCUCUUGCAGGAACACUUCCAGCAGGUCCCCGGGGAGUUCGACUUCGCGAAGUCGUCCGACGGUGAGACGACGGAGGAGAUACAGACGUUCCUGGAGGAGAGUGUGAAGGAUGGCUGCGAGGGUCUGAUGGUCAAGAUGCUGGAGGGCGACGCGAGUUUCUACGAACCGAGCCGGAGGAGUGUGAACUGGCUCAAGCUUAAGAAAGAUUACCUAGCGGGCAUCGGCGACUCGCUCGACCUCGUCGUCGUCGGCGCGUACUACGGCAAGGGCAAGCGGACAAAUGUCUACGGCGCGUUCUUGCUCGCCUGCUAUGACACCGACUCCGAGGAAUACCAGACUAUCUGCAAGAUCGGUACGGGGUUCAGCGAGGAAGCCUUGCAGUCGCACUAUGAGGCCCUCAAACCAUUGGAGAUGUUGAAGCCGCGGGGCGACAUCAAAGCCGGCGGUGCGAAACCCGACGUGUGGCUCGAGCCGAAGAUCGUGUGGGAGGUCCUCACGGCCGACUUGAGUCUCAGUCCGGUGUACACUGCGGCGCAGGGCUUGGUCGAGGAAAGGGGCAUCUCGUUGCGGUUCCCGCGCUUCAUUCGUGUCCGGGAUGACAAGUCUGCGGACGAUGCUACCGGUCCUGAGCAGAUCGCUGAGAUGUAUGAGCGACAAGCACUCGCUCAGAGUAAGGGUGGCAAGAAGAAGGGCGGUGGGGAUGCAGACGACGGUUUCUGGUGA